AUGGGUCAGCAGCGAGGGAAGACUACCUCCUUUGAAGACUGGUUGAAGAUUCAGCGAGAGGUUGAAGCUAGGGAAGCGGAGGAGAGGGCGGCGACAGAAGCUGCUGCUGCACUGGAGGCUGCUGCUGCUGAACCGGAUUUGGCCCCGCAAAGGCCUCGGUACUACUGCGCAAAGCGGUCUACUGUUUUUAAGGAGAGCCGGUCUGUCGAAGGAUCCGUUGACUUCACGACUCGUCCUUCUGUUGUCAAGCUCCUACGUACUAGGUUGUGGCAGCCACAUCAGGUUGACCAAUGGUCGAUUGAGAAGCGCGAGGAGUCAAGGGAGAGUUCGGAGUCUAGCAGUUCUGAGUCUUCAACGCAGAGUGUUCGCGUGGCCCCGCGACCGAGGAUGCCCCGUCGGGCGGCAGGGCUCAUGUAG